UUUCUUUACAUCAAAAUAGCAAAACUGUUUAUUUUGCUCCCCAGCUAAGCACUUCACAAAAAGGAAAAAAAAUUCCAUUAGAAUAUCAAAAAGGAUAAACGACUGAUCGGAGAAGAAACAAUUAGCUGCCGAGAUAACACCGGUUCGCCGUCGUAAAUGGAUGGAGUAGGUGCCAGGCUCGGCCGGUCAUCAGCUAGGUACGCACCAACAACUGUAUUUACUGGUCCGGUUCGUAGGUGGAAGAAGAAAUGGAUCCACGGAACGCCGCCCAGCUCCGGGAAUAACCACGGUAGAACCACUGCUAACGGCGGAGUUAACGGCAGUAACGUUUCUCAUCUCUUGCUUUUCAAGUGGAUACCAGUUACACCGAGCCAGAACAAUACUGACAACUCCGCUAAAGACGACGUCGUUUCGAUGGAGGAACCACCUAAACGCAAAUUCAAGUACAUUCCGAUUAACAUGCUUGAAGAACAAAAGAAUGAUGUAUCAGAACAAGCUGAGGAUGAUAUUAAACCAUUUGAGAGUGACACAAAUAGUGAGGAGCCAACAUCGCAGGCGGAUGGUUUUGAUGAAAAACCUGACAUCAAUGACGUGCCCAUGGAAGAGAAUCAGGCUCCAAAGAGAAAACCUCCAGAACGACAGGACUUAAAUGAAAGGACUUUGGACUUGUCUUUGGGCUAGAAAGUUUGCGAUGAAACCAAUUCCGACUCAAAAAUAGGUCAGGCAAGUGAACUCCCGGAGCACCAAGCCAAAAAUGUUGCCUGUAUCAGUUGAGUGAUGACUAAACAGCCUGUGUCUUCAUAUGACACUGGCUUAAUGUAAUUGUAUUCAGAAGCUAUUGUGUUUACUUUGUAGAGGAUUCAAUUUUUCUGGGAACUAUAGCAGAAAACUUUAAUGUUGUUCUAUCACAUUGAAGUGCUAGAGCACAAUGUGUGAGGUGUCGGUUAGGUGCAUGUUAAGGGUUCGAACCUUGCUUCAGACAAGAAGCUUGGUAUUUAAAUAGAGAAUAGUAGAGGAUUGAACUCACUAAGGGUUCGAACCUUGCUUCAGACAAGAAGCUUGAUUUCUCGGUUAUAAAAAAAUCACAUUAGAAAUGACCAAUGCUUCCAGUGUUUGAUGUACUCAGUGCUUACAUGAAUUAUGUCUAACCAUCUAGAUUCCCAAA